CUGGCGAUGGCCUAUCUUGCUCCUCCACUCAAGAGUUUCCAGGAAAGCGAAAAGGGAACUUCAAUGAAGCGUACUUUUCUGGGGAAGUAGAUGACGGAGGCGGUUGAGAGGGUUAAUAAGAAGGUGAGGGGCGCCAAGAAGAGGGGGACGAGCAUGGCUGUUGUUGCGACAGCGUGGAGUUUGAGCAAGCUGCUUAUGACAGCUCCAAUCAUUGGGCCGUCGAAGAUUGAGAGGGUUGAUGAAGCGAAUCGGGCGGUUAACUUUGAGUUGUCGAAGGAGGAGGUGGACAGCAUUGAUCGCUUGUAUGAGCCGAAAAAUGUGAUCGGGUUUAAGUAAGAUUUGAUGGGGAAUACUCAAACGAAAUCACCAGAGUCAAGGAGCAAAUCUCGUAUCUGUUCUGCACAAGUUAAAAUAGACUAAAUUAUGA